AAGGCUGGGACACGUUUGCCUUUCAGGUGCUUUCGACAUCUUGACUCGCCAAAAAGGCAAUUUAAUGCCCUUGGAUUCCCAAUAGUUAUUAAUCGACCAGUCUGAACUCGCCAUCAGUUGGAAGCGGCGUUGGCCGGUUCAUUCCGCCGCCAGAGCUUUCUCUCCCCCUCAGCAGAGGCGAAAAGCGAACAUUGACCAUUUGCCGCUUUGAGAAGGUGGUUAUGUGUGGACGGAGCUGGUCGAAACGUGGUACUACUGUAGCUGUGAGGUGUCAUCAGCGAUGGAGCGUGCGGCCUAGCAUUGGCUCCGGAGCAGCCCGCAAUCAACUUGCCAAGUGUGCCACACCACUAUGCGGACAUUCGAGGUCAGAUGACGCUGCUGUCACACCUGGAGAUGCAGUGCUGCAUGGUCUCCACACGCCGCCCCCACAGAAGUACCUGAAGGCAGACUGCCAUGUACCAGGCGCCGACAUGAAAGGUACCAGUCAGGUAUCAGGAGCAUCAACAAGACCAACCUUGGAAGGCAUGGGACCAGCCGCCCACCUUUCCGAGCCAGGUUUCAAGGCGGGCAGCGAGUUAAUGGCUAGGACAUCUCCUUAUCUUUCCCGGGCAUCAUCGUCAGAACACGUGCUCGUGUUGACUCGUGCGGUUGGUGCCUGGCACCAGGCCGGCGCAAAAAUGCAAUUUGUGCGACUGUCAACACGGCGUGUAGGGAAGCGAUGGCGUGGCGGGGACCGAAUGGUUGUGCGCAUGGGUCGGCCCGCCAGCAGCGUCGGGCAUCCGGUGCACAAGGCUGGCCGCAAUUGUUUGUUGCUGCAGAGCCCCUGACGUUUGUGUUUGUGAUUGAUCGGCUGCAGCCUCGAUCCCCGAUCCAUGUCACCCAGCUCGUUGUGAUGCCGGCAGUUUGGUGUUGAGACUCUUGUGACCCAGCUGUGCAGUUCAGCUAUGAAGACUCGGUGCUCAACCAGAGCCACUGCC